GGUGUCACGUGCGCGCUUCUGUCCUGACAGCAGCUCCAGCGACUCCCCGCACAACAUUCAAAUACGCGCAGCUCGAAAAUAUUAUAUAUACAGUUCUGUAUGUACAGUAACUAUAAUAUUACGCAUUACCGUAUAUCACGCCGGUAGGGGUACGCAUCGCUAUGUUAUAAACCGCGCAUAUAAGGCCACUAAACACUCCUGGAAUUAUCUGCAGCUAACAUGCUAACCGUCGGUUAACAGCUAACGUUAGCUCCGUCUUGAACUUUUCUCGGGAGGUUUAAGAGUCGAUUCACAGUAAAAUGUGCGGAAGAACUGCGUGCACGCUUGCUCCCGACGAGGUGAGACGAGCCUGCGCCUUCGGGAAGCGGGGAGGGCAGCGGAGACUGCCGCGCUGGAGGGAUGGGGAUGCGGAGAAAUACAGACCUUCCUAUAACAAGACUCCCCAGUCCACGAGUCCCGUCCUGCUGCCCCAGAGGCAUUUUGACAAGAAUGCUCCUGAAGAUGAGUAUGUGUUGGCCUCCAUGCGUUGGGGUCUGAUACCUGCGUGGUUCAGAGAGAAUGACCCCAGCAAGAUGCAGUACAGCACCAGCAACUGUCGCAGUGAGAAUAUUUUAGAGAAGAAAUCCUACAAAGAUCCCCUGGUGAAAGGACAGCGGUGCGUCAUCCUGGCUGACGGAUUUUAUGAGUGGAAGAGGCAAGAGAAGACGAAGCAGCCUUUCUUUAUCUACUUCCCUCAGGCACCUACCCAGAUGAAAACAGAGGAUCAGGAUGACCGUAAAUCCUCCCUUUCCAAUAAGAAUUCAGAGACAGAGGGUCCUCCAAAGGAGGCCUCUGAGAAUGAAGAAGAACUGGUUGAAUGGAAUGGCUGGAGGUUGUUGACCAUGGCUGGUCUGUUUGAUUGCUGGACCCCAGAUGGUGGCGAACCCCUUUACACAUACACUGUCAUCACUGUGAAUGCUUCCUCAAACCUGAAAGGCAUCCAUGACAGGAUGCCAGCAAUCCUGGAUGGAGAAGAAGAAGUGAGGAAAUGGCUCAAUUACGGGGAGGUUAAGUCUCUAGAAGCCCUGAAAAUGCUACAGCCUAAAAACAUUUUGACCUUUCACCCUGUGUCUUCACUAGUGAACAACUCACGCAACAACUCUCCCGAGUGCAUUCAGCCCCUGGAUCUUAACAGCAAAAAGGAACCAAAGCCAACGGCAAGCAGUAAGAUGAUGAUGAACUGGCUGGCCAAAGGUUCACCUUCAAAGAGAAAAGAGCCCGAGCCAUGUGACAGUAAAGAGCAUGAAAGCAAGCCAGAGGUUCAGCCAAAGCCUAAAGGUGCUCUGCAGCAGUGGCUUCAGGGAUCCAGUAAGAAACCAAGAACAAAGUGAACAUGAUCAACCGGACUUAAAACACAGUUAAAGACUUUAUAGAUCUUGUUCCACUGUGUUGUCAAUAGUUUGUAUUGGAUUUUCGGCAUAUUGUUCUAUGAACUAUAUUAAAAUAUUCUUUUAAUUAUCACAAUUUUAUCAAUAAAUGUCAGAAAUGAACACAACAUGCAUUAUUCAAUGUUUUAUUUACCCUUAUUACUUGAAACGCAAAGACAUUUCCAAAGAAUGUAGAUGUUAUGCAUUUAUCUUAUUGAUAAUGAUGAAUGCCAGGACUUCCCCCUCACCUUUUUCUUGUUUCAAAGUUACAGUAUGUAUUCUAACUUUAUGCAUGUAUCAAUGACGUAUUUCAAAGUUUGACAUAAUACAGAUACGAACAGACAGUUAAAGAUCUGAUCGGUUAAAAGAAACGUCAAGCACUUAAACUGUUUGCCAACACGAGCAUCUGGCAGAGUCAGAUAUGGAGAUUUACAACCGAAGUUUCUGCAUCCCCACGUCUUGAUUCAGAGGUUUGCAAAUAUACAAAGUCUUGCAAUAAAUGGCAAUAAUAAGAAAUGUACUAGCUAACAGUACUCGGUUAUGAAUGAUAUUUAUACUCGAGAAAAACCCUCUCUCCUUUUCAGGACUAUCAGGCAGAAUGACACGCUGUCUUGAUUGGUGCAUUGCCAUAUUGAAUAUUGUACCAAGAAUAACCGAUUACAAUAUAAACCUUAUUUUUUCCCAAUGGAGGAAAAGCAAAUAAUAUGUUAGGGACAGUACUUACACAGAGGAGCUGAGUCUGUAUUCACACAAUGUCAGCAACUAGAGCUACAAUUGCUUUUCUUGUGGCUCCUAAAUGAGAUGUCUGAACCAGGAUUCAGUUGUUGUGGAGGACAGCAAAGUGCAAAAGAAAAAAAAAAAAAGAAUGUCAUUA